ACCCGUACGCGCUGUUGGGCAGUUGCACCCGAUCCCCGUCCGACCCGUCGCUGGGAUAGGCAGAGAGGAGGGUAUAGAGGAGAGAGGGGGUGGGUCGUCGGGUGGUGGCCGCUCUGUUCUUCCCUCCCGCUCUGGUUCUCGCAGUCACAUGUCGUGUGACGCGGGGGGGAGUUCUGAUCCGGAUGGUGCAGCGCUGCGUUAACGCCCACGGCCAUGAUUGAUCACCAACGCGCAGAGGAAAUGCAAGUUAAUAACGAGGCAUCUCCAGGGUGUCUCAAGCCAAAUAUUUCUCAGUAUAACCCUCAAGAACAUAGAGGUGGCAUUGAAGGAUUUCCUGAGAAUAAUGAAAAAAAGAAUGAUAGUAUUGCAGAAGAUAAAGUAUGGGGGGCAUCUCCUCUCCCAAAUCAAGGAUUUGGCAGACCCUUCUACCGCCAGGAAUUUUAUGCCUGGCCGCAUGUUUAUUCUGAUUACCAAAUCCUGCGGCAGCCACAACCUUAUGGAUUUGACAAUCAGUUUUAUCAGAUAAAUAGGGAUACCUGUUUCCCCAUUGAGAGAAGAGUUCAGUUCCCCUUGAAGAUGCUCCCUCAAGGUUACCCUCAUGAUGCACAACUUCAGGAAUUUCAAUAUUUUGUGGUUAUUGACUUUGAAGCAACCUGUGACAAGGAGAAUAAUCCACAUCCACAAGAGAUCAUUGAGUUUCCAUCUGUCUUGGUUAACAGUGCAACGGGACAAUUAGAAGCUUCCUUUCAAACAUAUGUUCGACCAGCAUAUCAUCAAAAUUUGACUGACUUCUGCAAGGAGCUUACCGGUAUACAACAGAUUCAGGUGGACAGAGGUGUACCUCUAAGUGAAGCCUUGCUCAUGCAUGAUAAAUGGUUAGAGGACAAAGGAAUAAAGCACAAGAACUUCGCUGUUGUGACCUGGUCCAACUGGGAUUGCCGUGUGAUGCUGGAAUCAGAAUGCAGGUUCAAGAGAAUCAGGAAGCCCCCUUAUUUCAACAGGUGGAUCAACUUGAAGGUCCCUUUCCAAGAAGUCUAUGGGGGUGUUCGGUGCAACUUGAAGGAUGCAGUUCAGUUGGCUGGUCUGACGUGGGAGGGUCGUGCCCACUGUGGGCUUGACGACGCUCGCAAUACUGCUCGCCUCCUUGCGCUGUUGAUGCACAGGGGAUUCAAGUUCUCCAUCACCAACUCGCUUGUGUGGCAGCAACCUUCCCCGCUGGCAAUAACGUGCCAGCCAUCCCCAUCCCCUGACCGUUCUCCAGACCUCACCCUGUUGCAGCAGCACAAGGCAAAGGAGAUGUUGGGAUCUCAUCUCCAUGCUCACCCAUAUGCCGGCAAGGCCGCUGGACAGGUUUGCUUCUGUGGAGCGCCGAGCAGGCCGAACACUGUACGCAAACCGGGUCCGAUGCAGGGAAGGCAUUUCUAUGGAUGCGGCAACUGGACCGUCACGAGGCGGGCCAUAUGCACGUUCUUUGCAUGGGCGUCGUGAAUAUAACGACGCCCUGUCCUUCGCGGAAGUGGGCUGGUGCUUUAACUAGGGGAGGCUACUAGUGGCGGCCUUGCCGUGCCUCCCCCUUGGUAUAUAUAUGAUAUAUGACUUUGCUCAUAAGACAAUGGGAGUUGACUAGGUAGUAUCUAACCUGUCAUACUGACUUCUGUUGAUAGAAGAGAGUGGGGAUGAGAUGCUGCUUAGGAUGCUUUAUCCGCGAAUAAUCUUGAAGUUUGUGGACGCUUGUUUUUUCUUUUCUUUUAACUCAACUGGAACUCUAGUAGAGGUGUGCUUUGUGAGUAGAUGUUGAAAGUGUGGAUUGUGUGUGUUUGGUGCCUGGGUAUUGAUAAUCAAGAACAAGUUACAUAUGGAACUUGAAUCGCAUCUGAAGAUGGAAAUAGCAGCCGGAAUGAUUAUUAUUUUUGCCU